UUUGUGUUUAGCAAUGGGAAACGCUCUUUGGUUGGAGAUCUUUUUGGCCUUCUCUCGGCCGUGUCAUAUGGACUAUUCACAGUGCUUCUUAAAAAGUUUUGUGGUGAGGAAGGAGAAAGAGUUGAUGUACAAAAGUUGUUUGGAUAUAUAGGAUUGUUCACACUUGUAGCUCUAUGGUGGCUGGUUUGGCCAUUGUCAGCCUUGGGCAUCGAGCCCAAGUUUACGAUUCCUCAUUCAGCUAAAAUGGAUGAAGUUGUUAUUGCCAAUGGCAUUGUUGGUAGUGUCCUUUCAGAUUACUUUUGGGCAUUAUGUGUUGUAUGGACCACUCCGCUAGUGGCCACAUUGGGGAUGUCACUCACCAUUCCACUCGCUAUGGUGGCAGACAUGGUCAUUCAUGGCCGUCACUACUCAGCAAUAUACAUUCUUGGCUCAGCUCAGGUUUUUGCAGGAUUUGUAAUAGCAAAUCUUUCAGAUUGGUUCUCAAAGAAGCUGGGACUAUAGCAUUGCGUAAAACUGGCAAAUCCAAAUUCUUUACUGGGGCAUUCUCCCUUCCAUUUUGUAUCUGAUUUAACAUUGUACUCUUCCUCCUCAGUAUGAGUUCUUGGCUUUCAAAAGAAGAGGAUGAAGUUACUUCUGUAAUUUGUGAACUAAAAUUGAUUCUGUAAAUGAAAUUUUUGUUGUCUUGCCAUAAAUGUAGACAAUCCCUUUUGGUAGAAAAAAAGAAAAAGAAAAAUCAUUUGUUUUUUAA